CGGCGCGUGACGUGGCGGAGGCGGGGCCUGAGCGGCCGCGGCGACCGCGGCGGUCGAGCGACCGAGCAUCCUGUCGGCGCCUGGCUCCUGCGAGAGGUUAAAUGGCCAAGACAGACAAAUGGAAUUAGGCCUUGCUGUGAAGACUUCCAUUUUCUUCUCAGUACCUGACCAUUUAUGAUGAGGCAGCUUAUGAAAGUGUGAUGUUUGCUUAUUUCCUCACAGGCCACAGUAAACACAAGUGUGAAGGAAACAUUUGCCAUGGAAGCCAGGGAGCUGGAGAGCCCCACACCAACCUACCAUCUCAUUCCCAAGGCCAGCCAGCCCACGGAAGAAGAUGUCAGCAUGCAACCUCAAAGGACUGCAGAAACUAUGCAGCUAAAGAAGGAGAUCUCGCUGUUGAAUGGGGUCAGCCUGGUGGUGGGCAACAUGAUCGGCUCAGGAAUCUUUGUCUCACCCAAGGGCGUGCUGGUAUACACUGCCUCCUAUGGGUUGUCGCUGGUCGUAUGGGCCAUUGGUGGGCUUUUCUCUGUUGUUGGUGCCCUUUGCUAUGCGGAGCUGGGGACCACCAUCACCAAGUCUGGGGCCAGCUAUGCUUAUAUUCUAGAGGCCUUUGGGGGCUUCAUUGCCUUCAUCCGCUUGUGGGCCUCCUUGCUAAUUGUUGAGCCCACCAGUCAGGCCAUCAUUGCCAUCACCUUCGCCAACUAUAUCAUCCAGCCCUCGUUCCCUACCUGUGUUCCCCCGUACCUGGCCUGCCGUCUCCUCGCUGCUGCUUGCGUAUGUCUGCUGACAUUUGUGAACUGUGCUUAUGUCAAGUGGGGCACACGUGUUCAGGACACGUUCACUUAUGCCAAGGUCCUAGCACUCAUUGCCAUCAUUGUCAUGGGCCUCAUUAAACUGUGCCAGGGACACUCUGAGCACUUUCAGGACGCCUUUGAGGGUUCCUCCUGGGACAUGGGAGACCUCUCUCUCGCCCUCUACUCUGCCCUCUUCUCUUACUCAGGUUGGGACACCCUUAAUUUUGUAACAGAAGAAAUCAAAAACCCAGAAAGAAAUUUGCCCCUGGCCAUUGGGAUUUCUAUGCCAAUUGUGACGCUCAUCUACAUCUUGACCAAUGUGGCCUAUUACACAGUGCUGAACAUUUCAGAUGUCCUUGACAGUGAUGCUGUGGCUGUGACAUUUGCUGAUCAGACAUUUGGCAUGUUCAGCUGGACCAUUCCCAUUGCUGUUGCCCUGUCCUGCUUUGGGGGCCUCAAUGCAUCUAUCUUCGCUUCAUCAAGGUUGUUCUUCGUGGGCUCCCGUGAGGGCCACCUCCCCGAUGUUCUGUCCAUGAUCCACAUUGAGCGUUUUACACCCAUCCCUGCUUUACUGUUCAAUUGUACCAUGACACUCAUCUACCUCACUGUGGAAGAUGUUUUCCUGCUUAUCAACUACUUCAGCUUCAGCUAUUGGUUCUUCGUGGGCCUGUCUGUUGCUGGACAGCUCUAUCUUCGUUGGAAGGAGCCCGAGCGACCCCGGCCUCUCAAGCUGAGCCUGUUUUUUCCCAUCGUGUUCUGCAUAUGCUCCUUGUUUCUGGUGAUUGUGCCUCUAUACGGUGACACCAUCAAUUCCCUCAUUGGCAUCGGGAUUGCCCUCUCUGGGAUUCCUGUCUACUUCGUGGGUGUUUACUUGCCCGAGUCCCAGAGGCCAGUCCUUAUUCGGAAUGUCGUGGCUGCUGUCACCAAAGUCACCCAGCAGCUUUGCUUUUGCGUCCUGACUGAGCUUGAUGUAGCUGAAGAGAAAAACGUUGAGAGGAAAACGGACUAGAGGCCAGAGGUGAUGUCCCUUGAGGCCUGGAGGGCCAGCCACAACCACCAAAGUCCAGAUGACAAGACUGCAGGCCCAACCCUCUUGUUCUAAAAGGGCCUGAUGGCCCACAUUAUAUAAGGGGGGCUCAGGGCUGAUGGCCUGCUCUGGUGGUCACUCUCAUUAGUAAGCUAUGGGAGGAGACUCAGGAUCUGAGGCCGGCCUGAAGGUGGGAACUUUAUAGAGGGUGGUGUUGGGGAGGGCUUGGUCAGGGGAAUAGUUGUUUAGUUUUAUUCCUGGUGAGUCAGUACAGCUUACCAAACACUUGACGAACUGCACUGGGGGAAGAGGGAGUGCUAGGUUAAUAGAUGGGGCUGGUGGUUCUGAAUUUAUUUGAUGUUUGAAUCAGGAGCCUUUACAAAGGGGUUGCUUUAUGGGAAGGUUUCUUCUGAUCAGGUCCAAGCACCUGACUCUGGAGGCCUGAAAUGCUACCAUUUCUUCCUCUGACUCAAAAUCUUUCCCUGGGAAGACAGUUGUAUUUCAUUAUUUAUUGAUAUUAUUUAAUCCACAACACCAAUUCUAGCAGAACACUGGUGUUCAUUCAUCUACAGGACGCAAUAAGCUGAUUGUGUUUCAAAACUCAAAGUACCCCCAACCGAGUUCCUCUGCCCUUAGAGGUGUCUCUGUGUGGUGGUGUGGGUCAGCCUCUAACCACAGAUUUUUUUUGCUUAGUUUAGCACAAUCUUCUGUUGAGUCUUAUUAGCUGCAUAGGUGAACUUUAAAGUUUGUUUGUUUGUUUGUUUUUUAACUCAUGUUUUGGUUACACUUUUGUUAGUAGGUCACAGAUUAUAAGCACCUGGCUCAGAUCAGCAAGGACACAUGAACAAAUUCAUGAGUCAGAAGUCUGAUAAUACUGCUAUUUUGAAGGAUAAUCCUUUAUUUUACUUGAGACCUUAGGUCUUUAUUCUAGAUGAUAGAAGGUAAAUCUCUGGUUUCUCGUAUGAACUUUAGGAGGACAUAAACUGUUUCAGAAUUCAAGUGGAUUACCUGAAUUCUCUUAGCUGUCAAAGGCUCAGAGAACAUCUCAUGGACUCAAGCCACCAAAUAGCUUGUUUCUCUCUGUAAGGGCUGGUGUGAGGGACUGCUGUGCAGACCCACGCAAGCCCACCUUGGUGCUAGAAGUGGUCAUUUCCCUUUUCCAAAAACUCACACCAGACUGCAUCUCCUCUUCUGUCCCCGACACUGGGCUUUGUUUACACUCUGAACUGUCUUGGUGUGGAUCAUCAGGAUAGUGCAUUCCUGUCCUGUCUGCCUCCUCUUGCUGGAGGUCUGGUGGGCCUGCAGUCUCAGGAAGAGCUUGAUACUUGUGUGGACUUCUGUUUCCUCCCUGUGGCAAUCAGAGAAGACUUUGGGAGACAAAGCUGCUUCAGCCUCAGUCUGGCUCGUCAGCAGACUACAUGAUUGGAAGCAACGAAUUCUGGUGCUCAGGGUGUGCUUUAGCAUCCAGGUCAGGCCAGAGCAGGCUUGGUCUAAUGGAUGUUCCCUCAUGGGCAGCCAUGGUUGCAGUGGACUGUACAGUUGUCCUUCGAUGCCUCCAGACACUGUCAUCCUGGGUCCAGAGGAACCUGCUGACUUGGCUCACCCCAUGCCUGGACUUAUCCUUUCGUUUUAGAAUUGGUCAGUGGUAAAGACAAGAACUAUGAGGCCAUCUCCCUUUCUGACCGUUCUUUUCCACCAAAUGGCCUCAGUUGCAGCCAGGGGAGUAACCUUGGCCAUACUUGUUCAAUAAAGGCAAUUUAGGGGAGCACAAUCACAGCUGCCUUGGGUUCAGGGCAUGCAUGGAUGAGAAAAUGAAGGGAUAUUCCUACUGUCAUGGGUUGGGGAUUUGCACAGCAAAUUCCUUCCUGGCAGUAGGGAGUCUUAUGCAAAGGCUGACUUGCCAAGAGUAUGUAAACAUGACUCCUGUCUGAGCCAAGAUGGCACCUAUCCCAGGGAUCCUCUGGAGUUAAUCCUUUAAGCAGAGUGUGCUUGUCUUGAGGAUCCAUGACCCAGGUUUUAGCUUUCUCCGCUGAAGUAAAUGACCAGCUAAUCCCAAGAACUUGCUGCCCCCCAGUGGCUCCUGGGGGAAGCAUGGGCCUCACACCCUAAGUGCCCCAGUACAAGCUUAGUGAGCCAUGUCAUCCCCCUCAUUACUGGAUGGCAACCGCAUUCUUCCCCUCUGUGCUGGAUACAGACUUCACCCAGGAACCCUUCUGUGGGAGGGAAGCCAGAGACUCCCUACAGAACUCAAGCUUGAUGGUGGAAUUAAAUUUCUGCAAGGU